AUGGGUACGACGAAAAGACUAAAGAUUACAGUGGUUGGAGAUGGUAUGGUAGGGAAAACUUGUCUUCUCUACGUGUACACUAGAAAUGAAUUUCCUGAAGAAUAUGUCCCUACGGUGUUUGACAAUUAUGUGGGUCAUAUCACUGUCGAUGGUGAGGAAGUAGAGAUGGCGCUAUGGGAUACGGCUGGUCAAGAGGAUUAUGAACGACUAAGGCCUUUAUCAUACAAUAACACAAACUGUUUCCUAGUGUGCUACUCGGUCGGAAGCCGGUCGUCGUACGAAAACGUUGUUCACAAGUGGUACCCCGAAUUAAAACACUUUAGUGCCUCCGUGCCGGUCGUGUUAGUAGCAACUAAAAUAGACUUGAGGUCAUCCGGCAAAGCGGUUAUUACAACGCAAGAAGGAAAAAAAUUAAAGAGGAAAAUACGGGCUGCACAACUUGUGGAAUGUUCAGCUUUAGAGCGUGUCAACCUGAACGAAGUCUUCGAAGAAGCUGUUCGUGCCGCUCUACGGAAAAAACCCGUUCACAAACGCACCUGCCAAUAUCUUUGA